UCAAAUUAUCUCAAAACCCAUUCAGCCAGCUUCACUUUUGUACACUAGUUCACCAUGGCUAGAUCAAAGAAAACAUCCAUUUUCAUAAUUUUCUCUCUCACUUUCUCAUCCUUGUUGGCCUUUCUUGAUGCAUCAUCAGAUACACUCAAAUCAAGGUGAUAUGCUCAACUCCUCCACUUUCCUAGUUUCCUCCAGAAAAAUAUUCUCCUUGGGAUUCUUUAAGCCUGCGGACUCGAACAAUAGUUACUUGGGAAUAUGUUACACCAAUGUCACAUAUAAACCAGUAUGGAUUGCCAACAGAAACACACCUAUAAAUGACAAUUCUGGUGUUGUCACCAUAGACAGAUCAGGAAAACUGAUUAUUACAUACAGUGGAGGGGACCCUAUUGAGCUGUAUGUGAGUCAAGCCAGCACCUUCAUUAACAUCACUGCAACUUUGUUGGAUACAGGAAAUUUUGUAUUGAGAGAGGCAAAUUCCCAUGGAUCAACAAAGGAGCUGGUAUUGUGGGAAAGCUUUGACUAUCCCACCGACACGCUUCUACCUGGGAUGAAAUUAGGUGUCAACCACAGGACCGGCAAGAAAUGGUCUCUUACAUCUUGGUUCACUAUAAAUGAACCAGCUUCAGGGGUUUUCAGCCUUGAAUGGGAUCCUAGGGUUCGUCGAUUGGUUGUUAGGCGGCGAGGAGUGAUUCAUUGGACUAGUGGGGUGCUGAAGGAUAAGGCAUUUGAAUUUAUCCCUAAAUCUGAUCCUAUUGAUCUCAAUUAUGAAUUUAUCAAUGUUACAAAUCAGGAAGAGGAGUAUUUUGCUUACUCGCUUAUAAUAGAUCCUAUGCUUACACCUGAGCAUCGAAGAGUCGUAUCAGGAUUGGUUAUAGAUUACAUGGGGCAAAUUCAUGAUCAAGAUAGGACUAUGAUUGCUCGUGUCGAUCUUUGUGGUGGUUACAACACCGAAAUAUCAGAAGUAAAUGCUGGGUGUGAGCUAUGGGAGCAGCCCAAGUGCGGGAAUCGCCACCAGUAUCAUUUGUUGACUAUAAUCAGAGCCUUGGUGUCAGUGCUUGUAGAGACAAAUGUUGGAAUGAUUGUGAUUGUAUUGGUUUUAGGAGUUACAGUCUUAGGAGUGGGACUGGAUGCAUAUUUUGGAGAGGAAAUUUGGAGUUCCGUCACGAUCGCAGUGGCUUUACAAUUACUCACUAAGUUCUUAUUUCGGAGCCUCUCAACAAGGUUAUCACUGGUCCAGAAUCCCAUUGUUUUAUUGGAAAAUUUUACUUUAGAAUUAUUGAAACUGAAUGCAGGAGGGAAGAAAUGGAUAUGGAUUGUCACUGCUGUAGUAGUUGCGUUACUAAUACUUCUUUUCGGCCUCUUGUGCUUUUUAAGAAGAAGAAAAAUUAAACUGCAAGGGAAUGAGGAGAAAGUUCUACAUGAACUUAUGACACCAAAUGGAUAUAUGAACAUAGAUGAACUUGAACAUGAUGCAAACAAGGGUCACGACCUUAAGGUAUUUAGUUUUGCAUGUAUCAUGGAUGCUACAAGUUCUUUCUCAACAGAAUGUAAGCUCAGAGAGGGUGGUUUUGGACCUGUUUACAAGGAAAAGUUGCCCGAGGGACAGGAAAUAGCUGUAAAACGACUCUCGAGAAGCUCAGGACAAGGAUUGGCGGAGUUCAAAAAUGAGCUUAUAUUCAUUGCCCAACUCCAACACAUGAAUCUGGUGCGGCUUUUAGGCUGCUGCAUCCAAGGAGAUGAAAAAAUGUUGGUAUAUGUAUACAUGCCUAACAAAAGUUUGGACUCCUUUCUCUUUGAUACAAAUAAGAAGGGACAAUUAACAUGGGAAUGCCGCCUCAGCAUUAUUGAAGGAAUCGCUCAAGGAAUACUUUACCUUCACAAGUAUUCAAGAUUGAGGAUAAUACAUAGAGAUUUGAAAGCUAGUAACAUAUUACUUGAUGAAAACAUGAAUCCCAAAAACAGAUAUGGAGGUUCAUACAAGAGAUUGCUGGUUUCCCAAUUGUACCUUGUGGUUGGAAUGACUUGGUCCAGUGGUGUUCAAUUCAUUGGACUGCACCAGAAAGUUUAACGCAUAACCAUUUACUGUCAGCAACUAUCUAUUUCAUAUGGAUAGAGAGAAAUGGUAGAGCCUUCAGAAAUGUUUCUACUCCACCUCACCAUAUUAUUUCUCAAAUCAAGACUUGCAUCAGAUCAAGACUUGUAACAAUCAAACUUAAGAAGAGUGCUGAUUUGAAGCUAAUCACAACUGAGAAUGAUCUUCUUGAAAUGUUUGUGCAGGCCUGUUCCAUUUCAUGUAUCCAUUCUUGGUUAAUUUCAUAGGAUUUAAUUGUUCCACUGCAAUGUGCAAUGUUGGGUUAGCAUUGAUGCAUCAGUGCUGUAGUUGUUUACUUUGAGAUUUCCUCUUGUUGUUAUGAUUUUGGGCUGCCUUUGAGUGCAGUUUGUAUGUUGUUUCC